CAUCAGUAAAAUAAAUCCAUAUGGAUGUCCUGAUGCUGCUACCGCUGCCUCUGUUUUUCUUGCUUAUGAUGAUGACCAUGAGAGAAUUAGCAGCAGCAGCAGAUGACCAUGGCAUCGAGGAUUGUCCAAUUUCAAAGUGCAGUGGCGGAGGCCAUGCUGAUGAUGGCCCAGUUAUCCAGUUUCCAUUCCGUCUAAAACACCAUCCCCGUCACUGUGGCCAUCCAGAAUUUGAGGUUUUUUGUGUCAACAACAUGACAAUGAUUCAGCUCUCACCAUCAUCAGGAUUGUUUCCCAUCCGAAACAUUGACUACAUGAUCCAAAGUUUCGAGGUCUACGAUGAUGAUGAUGCAGAUGGUUGCCUUCCGAGACGCCUUCUUAAUUUUACAAUCUCCAAAAGCUCCCUCUUUCAACCAGCUAUGUACCGCCCUUCUGGUCAUGCAGCCAUGUACAGUUGCGCUUACGAUGUUUCCCUUUCUGAAUAUGUCAGAUCUUAUCCCCACUUCAAGAAAUAUACCUUAUUAAAUUGUUCCACUGCACAAAACUUUAGCACACAAGAGUUCAGGUUCGAGUUCAAAGCCUACGUGCCCAUCACAUGUCUUAGUGCCCCAGGGCAUCAAGUUCUUGCAGUUCCACCCUCAACUUCUGUCAUUGACUUGCCAGUGCCAACGUGCAGUACUUUGAGUUCGACGAAACUCCUUCUUCCACUACGAAGAGUUGUUGAUGAAAAUAAUGGCCACAAGUACCACUGUGAACCGGACAAUGUUUUAUUGCUAGAAUGGGAAUCAACGGAAUAUUUCCCACAAUGUCAAAACUGUACAGAAGAAAGAGGAAGCUGCGAAUUCAAUUACACCGCCAAUCAAAUGGAGUGUUACCCUAUCCAUCCAGAUCCCGAACAAUAUCCCCUACAAUAUCCCCAAGUUUCAGGUCAUGUAUCGACUAGGCAUAUAAUUAUAGGAGUGGGUUUGGCUUGCUGUUUUGUGCUCAUAUCAGUAAUGGCGGUGGCAAUUUUCUUCUAUGUAAAACAACAAAGAAAUAGCAUAGAGGAAAAGGAGAAUCAAAUGAAGGUUGAAAAGUUUCUAAAUGAUCACAAAUCUCGUGUACCAACAAGAUACUCUUAUGCUGAUAUAAAGAAGAUUACAAAUGGAUUUAAGAAGAAGUUAGGGGAAGGCGGUUUUGGAAGCGUUUUCAGGGGAAAGCUUCCCAAUGGAGUUCCAGUUGCCGUAAAAGUCCUCAGUGAUUCUAAGGGAAAUGGGGAUGAUUUCGUUAACGAAGUGGGAACCAUUGGCAGAAUUCACCAUGUUAACGUGGUUCGCCUACUCGGAUUUUCUGCUGAAGCAGGCAAGCGUGCAGUUAUUUAUGAGCUCAUGCCAAACAGGUCCCUGGAGAAGUUCAUCUCAUUCUCGUCUAAAGAUCAAUCUAAUAAUGCUUUGUUCGAUUGGGAGAAACUUGACAACAUUGUCAAAGGUAUAGCAAAGGGAAUUGAGUAUCUUCACCAAGGGUGUGAACAGAGGAUCCUCCACUUCGACAUCAAGCCUCAUAACAUCUUGCUAGACCAUGACUUCAAUCCAAAGAUCUCUGAUUUUGGUGUGGCUAAACUGUGCUCCAAGGAAGACAGCAUUAUAUCUAUGACUGCCGCUAGAGGCACAGUAGGCUACAUUGCACCAGAAGUGUUCAAUGGGAACUUUGGAAGCGUGUCCCACAAGUCAGAUGUGUAUAGUUUUGGGAUGCUAGUGCUUGAAAUUGUUGGAGCUAGGAAGGAAGCUGCUUUUACAUCUAGCACCACCAAUGAGGCCUACUUGCCCGAAUUGAUUUAUAAAUGUCUCAUUCAAGGAGAAGCAUUGGAUUUGGAGCUAAUAAAGACGGAUGAGGAUGCUGAGAUUGCUAAGAAACUAGUGAUGGUUGCACUUUGGUGCAUCCAGUGGUACCCGGUGAAUCGGCCUUCCAUGAAAGCAGUUGUUAGAAUGCUAGAAGGAGCCUCUGAAAACCUGAUCAUGCCGCCGAAUCCGUUUGCAUCCGCAACAAGUACUCAGAGUCAGACAGAGCAACCAAAAACAACAGAGUCAAGCUAAUUAGCCACAAUACUAUGCAUAGCAUAGAGCAAGUGAUGGUGUAUUGAGUAAAGUAAUAAUAAAGAAUGAUAUGCUGAUCAAUGCUAAUAUCCAAAUCAGCCACUAAAAUUAGUAUUGUAAUUUGUAAGUGCUUUUCAAUAAAGUUACUGGCUGGCUAGUAGUUAGAAGUAGAAGAUAAGUUGAACUUGUUAUG